AUGAGGCGUACCAAACAAGAAGAAAUGGAUUUCUGGAUUCUUCUAGGGGCCAUAUUGGCUUGGUUAUGUACGGCACCGCUCGCGAUCUACUUAUACGACCCCAAACGCCUGCGACGAUACCCAAAUCAGAACAUCUUCUCCGGCUUAACUAGCUUGGCCUAUGUCUACGAGCGAAGAAACUCCUUCCGAACAGAAAUCCUUCACUCCCAGCAUGAAAGGCAUCCCAUCCUACGCACCGGUCCGAAUGUUUUGUCAUUUGGUAGCGUGGCAGCUAUCAAAGAUAUCUACGGACAUGGCUCACCUUGCCUCAAGGACGACGUAUAUAAGUCGAUCACGGGAAGUCAUCCGCACAUUCUCAACGUUGUUGAUAAGGAUGAUCACGCCCGAAAACGUCGUAUGCUGUCUAAUGCCUUCGCCACGAGAAAUCUGGAGCAAUGGGAAUUCAAAAUCACCGACAAAGUGCAGAAAAUGAUCGUCCAGUUUGACAAACGCUGUACCAACCCAUACCUGGACAAAUGCGCUAUUGCCUCAAGUGACUUAAUUGUGAAUUUCCGUUUCUGGUCCAACCUUUUCACCCUUGAUGCAAUCGCCGAUAUUGCCCUGAGUGAGCGAUUGGGUUUACUUGAAUCGGGAACCGAUCUAGUCGAAGGAAUACCAUCCGGCAGUACUGUGCAGAAUCUCAAUUUCAUUGAAAGCCUUCAUUGUGGGAGUCGCACCGUGUCUCGAUUUGUCGGAGCGACUGAUUGGUUCAAUUCCCUGAAAGUUAUUGCCACCUUAUGCUCCCCAUAUUUCCGUUCACAUAUGGACGAUUUCGGAAAUAUAGUGAGCAUGUUGACUGACAGGAGGUUGGCAAAACAAGAGAGCGGAGAGACGAGUGAUUUUUUGAGUUGCCUUGUUGAGGACAAGGCAGGGAAAGCCCGAGGUUUGGACCGGGGCGAGAUCGAAGCUGAAGCUAGUAUUCUCUGUAAGAGGCGCUUUCUUCAUAUUUGCACGGCCGAGCUAAUUUAUUGUUCAACUACAGUGGAUGCUGGUUCUGAUACCACAGCAAUUGCAUUGACAAAUGUACUUUAUUAUUUGAUCAAGCAUCCAAACACACUCAAAAAGCUCAGGGAUGAAGUAUCUGGGGUAUUAGACGAAGGAGAAACCAUUGCACCUUAUGCCAAAGUGAAAAGUCUUCCAUAUCUGAAGGCAUGUCUCGAUGAGUCACUGCGGCUUUCUCCGCCUGUUCCACGCGGGCUGGAAAGGAAAACUCCGCCGCAGGGAAUGGAGAUUUUGGGUGAGCGCAUAGCAGGGGGCGUCACCGUUUCUGUUCCAGCAUACAUUGCUCACCGCGACCCAAGACUGUUUCCUGAGCCCGAAUAUUACAUCCCUGAAAGAUGGUUGGACGAAUCAGAGUCAACAAAAGACAUGAGAUCCGCUUUCAUUCCAUUUACAACUGGCGCAAGAGCGUGCAUUGGUCGGAAUAUCACGAUGAUGGAGCAGCAGAUACUUAUUGCGACGUUAGUCCAGCGAUACGACUUCAUGCUUCCGUUUCCAGAUUGGAAGUUGACUUGGGAGGAAGGAUUUAAUUUGUGGCCGAGUCAAAUGCCUUUGAAACUCUGGAGACGUGAAGGCGGAUCAAAUGAGACAGACAGUAGGAAGGGUGUUCAAGUGGCUGAAGCCUCGGGAUUUAGUCAAUAG